AUGGAUAUAAAACUUCUGUCAACGUUUAAGGUUAGACGAUGGGCUGCCAAGUUCUUACAAAAUUCCAUCUACACCUACCUUCUCAUGCAAUCUGUUCUCAUGAGACCUGUAGAGAGUUUAAACUGCUCUCAGCCCACCCCAGAGUCACUUUUAAAAGCCCUGAGGGAAACUGCCUUCACUAAAACUGCAGUGCGACCAGUUAUUACACUAAAGACUCCAACUAAAAUCACUCUGGGGUUUACUAUGUAUGCCAUUAUAGACUUGGAUGAAAAAGCUCAAACCUUGGACACAUUUCUUUGGCUGUGGUUUGACUGGCAGGUUGAAGGUUUGAGUUGGGAUCCGGUUGAAUGUGGAACAGACAGAAUCACACUGCCAAGAAAAAAACUCUGGCGUCCUGAUCUUGUCAUCAAUGAAUUCAUGAAUGAAAAUCAAACCCCAGAGACUUAUUAUCUUACUCUCUACAACACGGGUAAAGCAGAAGACGGGCUUCCAUUCCAUGUGAUCAGCUCCUGUAACCUGGACAUCUACAGCUUUCCAUUUGACAUUCAAAACUGCACAUACACAUUCAGCUCAUACAAGCACACAAAGAGAGACGUUCAGUUAUUUUUUUCAGAGCCAGCUGAGGACACACUCAAGAGUUCUCUAUUUUACAUGGAGACUAAAGGAGAGUGGGAACUGAUAGACCUUGUGGCUGGGAAACCCCAAAACUCCACAUAUUUUAACUUUGAUGGGUUGGACAGCUGGGACGAACUUGCUUACUAUAUUGUCAUGAGGCGUCGGCCAACUCUAUACGUGGUGAACCUGUUGAUCCCCAGUUAUUUCCUGAUCACUGUGGAUCUGUUCAGCUUCCUCCUGCCACCUCAGAAUGUGGAUCGAUCUGCCUUUAAAAUGACUCUUAUCCUGGGCUACACUGUCUUUCUACUCCUCAUGAACGAUCUGCUCCCGGUUACAGGAAACACCAUUCCAAUAAUCAAUGUGUUCUUCUCUCUGUGUUUGGCGUUGAUGGUGGCUAGCUUACUGGAAACAAUUCUGGUGACUAAUAUUCUAUGUGGCUCAAGUAACUAUCCCCCUUUACCAAACUGGGUCAAAGUUUUAUUUCUGCAUUACAUUGCCCGACUGAUUUGUUUGGGAAAGAGAACUUCGGAGGAAAAUUCUUCAACUCAAAUGGGAAACACUGACACUACUUCCAGUUCAUCUGAGAAUAAAAGAAAUAAAAUCAGACAGCAAGAGAAAGACUCAGAAACAUCACUAAACCUAGCUGGGGAAGAACUGAAGGAACUGGGGAUAAUACAUGAAAAUCUACUCACCAUCCGUCAUCAUGUGGAUAAACAUUUCUCAAGUAAUCAGAACACAAAAGAGUGGAUUCACCUGGGCGAGAUCAUCGAUCGAUUUCUCUUCAUUUCAUAUAUCAUCUUCCUUUCUGUCAGCUUCAUUACCAUAAUAAUCUUCUGGAUGUACUGGUACAGUUUUGGAAGAAAAACUGAAGAUUAGUCUUCAAACUCCACCAUCAU